UUUUUUUGUUUUUUAAAAAAAAGCAUUUAUGUUUAUUGAAUAUUAUUGUGGUAUAUGUGAAAGGAGGAGCGAGUCAGUACAUUGGUUACCAAGAAAUUAUUGCUUAGUCUGUGGGAGAGCCCUUAAUCGAUUUCUAUAUAAUGGCAAUAAUCAUGAAGUUGAAGAAUUCAGAUCCACUGCAAUGAACUGGUUACUUUAUACAUCAGAAGAAAUAGAGAAUAGGGUGGAUUAUACUAUUGAUGAAGAAGAGUAUACAGAGUCUCGUGAUAUGAGUCCAUUUAGAUACUAUCAAAUAAAUGAUAAUAGUAGAAGAUCUGCACAAGAUUUAUCUACCUUAUAUCAUUAUUCCCCACUGGUUACAAGGAUAGGAUCAUCUAUUCGCACUAUAAGUGAAGAUUCGUUAUCGUUAGAAAAUGAUUUCGAUGAUACUAUAUUUGACCCUGACAGAGAUUCAAUGGAAAUAGAUAUUCAAACAGGAAGAUGGAUAGUUUCACAAUCUGAGGAAGAAAAUGAAGAACAGUCUCCGUCAUUAUCAUUUACUGAUUCUGAGAUAUUAAUAAGUGACAUGUUGAUUAAUAAUAGUCAAAAUGAAAAUGAAUUUGAUAGAUCUAUGUUUUCAGAUAGAAUAACAAACCUUAUGACAAGGCAUCAUACUACAAGUGAUACUAUUUAUGAAGAAGAUACACAAAUUUUACGAAAUAACUAUAUCGAAUCCAUUUUAAAUAGUUUGAAAAAGACCGUUUUGAAGCCAACGGAUUCAGAUGUGAAUAAUGAAUGCUGUAUUUGUCAAGAUAUUUUUGGAACAUCAUUAGUGAUAUAUCAAUUGCCUUGUCAGCAUAAGUAUCAUGGAACUUGCAUUACUCGCUGGUUAGAUAUUAACGCUAUAUGCCCUAUUUGUCGUUGUAUUGUAAGAGAAAAUAAUAAUGAUAGUAGAGAGCAACAAGUAGAUGACAGUUUUAAUAGGCCGACUUUAAAUUAUACUAAUAUCAUCAAUAAUUUGCAUGCUUAUACCUCAAAUUUAACAUUACCAGAAGAUGAAAUAUUUAGCAGUGAGGCGGUGAAUAGAAUGUUAGAUACUUGGUUUCUUCAUGGACUAAAUGAUGAAAUGAUACAUGAUGAAGAGCUGAGCUUAAGCUCCUCCUUUAUGUCUUUGAUAAGAACACUACAUUCCUUUGAUUCUGAAGAAGAUCAGUAUGAAGCUAUUGAUUAGAAUAUUCCUCUAUAUCAUCAUUACAGUUAUAUGAGGAUAAUAAUUUAUCACCAUUAGAAGAUCUUUUCGAAAAUUUACUUAUACACCGGGGAAAAAAAAGUUUGUCAAGCUAUCAUACUAGUAUAACAAAAUCAGAUACCAAUUUUGAUGAAAAGAAAAAAAAAAGAGAUAAUAUCUGAUAAAAAAAACUACUGAAUACAUAAACACGUCUUUCCUGGGGUAUAUUCGUUAUAUAAUUUUAAGAGAGCAAAUGAAUAAAUAGUUAAUUUACAGUAUUGAAGUAUGA